GCGCGCUAGUGUCGGCAUCGGUGCUGCUCGUCCCUUUCCAUAUCCGGGCGUCUUACCACCACCUCGAACCGCGGCACGGACCUACCGAGGCGGGACAGCGGACAACGACGGCCAAAAGCGAGGAGAACCGGUUCCAUAUCCACGGGCCUGGUGGAAAGAAAGCGGCAACGAGGCGGCGCGAGCUUACACCGGACUUUCGUAUCGUCCAACGGAUACCAAAGAUUAUCCGACAUGAGCACGUCGACGAUCGUCGGGAAUUCGGACGGUCCAGUGACAGGACUUUGUCCCGCGCCACCUCCACCGCCGCCGCCUCCAGUGCCGGGCCAGGUACCGGCGAUGAGGAUCAACACCGUAGAGACGCCAACGAUAAGAAGGCCGCAGCUCGUUCCGAACGAUGUCUACGAGCCGCCAGCGGCCAUUCAGAACGCGAUGCUGACGAAGGACAAGAAGCCUUUCACGUACACGCCUGGAAUGGGUGGCAAGCUGGACCUUUCGCAGAUCCGAAGCCCCCGAAUGGCGCGUAGAGUCGCGAAGAACGCAAACGACGAAGGCAUCGAGGGUCCGCCGAAGUCCGCGCUCGAGACGAAACCGACACCGCCGUCGAACGCUGCGGCGAAUCUGUUUGUUCAGCCACAGGUGGCGAUACCUGUAUUCCCGACCAAUAUUCCAGUUCCACCCCCCGCGAACAGGACACCGCCGACACCGCCAGCUAACAGAACACCCACGACACCUCCUACCAAUAGGAUCCCAUCGAACGUUCCAGAGAAGCAACCGGAAUCAGUGAAGCCAGUAACAAAAGUGGAGACCAAAAUGGCGCCAUUGGUGAUGACAUCCGUUCAACCAGGUAGCCCAGAGAGUCCCAGCACACCGACACAAGUUACCCUAGCCAAAGCGCCGACACCCUGGCUCCAGAACAAGAACAAGCCGCAAGAGGAAUUGCCUGAAUUUCAGCAAAUGCAGCAACCGCCUCAGUGGCAACCAGCUCAGCAGAAGCCCCAGCAGCCCCAGCAAUACCAGAACCAACAGCCUCUACAGAUGAAUCAACAGCAACAGAAACGCCCAUACUCCAGUCCGCCGGUGUCCCAGCAAGCUAGCCCACAGACGCAAGAACGCGUGAUACCGAUCCGCAUCGAGGACAGACCGUCCGUGUUCGACGUGAAACGCGAACAAGGUCACCAUCAGUUUAAGCAACCGAGCCCCCACCAUCAGCAGCGAUGGGGGCAGCAGGCGGUUCAGAAUCAGGUGCAAAGUCAGGUGCAAAAGCAGCCGACACCUCAACCAGCUCCAUCGUCAGGUGGCAACAGUUUUAUCAUACCAAUCAUGAUCGAGGGUAGCGAGAAGAAGUCUGCUGCUGGACCAGGAUCGAAUCCCUCGUACUCGCAGCCUACCAUGGUGGUCAGAAAUAACGUGCAAGGCGCCGAGAACCAGACCGUGAAAGUGAUACCGCAACGUGGACCAACUCCGGUUGUGCAGGCGGACUCUGGGCCAGUUCAAUCCAGAUCGUUCCGUGUCCUUCAAAAAAUCACCGACACGGACUCAACGAACGACGUCGACCCAGAUCAGAUACGCAAACUUCAAUUGCUAGAUGACGACAGGAUCUUGAUGAAUAAAUUCAAGGAACAAGUUGACAAUGAGAACACCCUCCAUUACGAGGAGGAUCCGAGAUACCGCGGCUCCGCGAUACCGUCUCGAGCCUUUCGCUAUUUGCAAACGAUGACCGAGUCUGGUGACAUCCCUGUUGCGACUACGACGCCACGACAACAAAGCGCCAUUAACAAGAGACAGAACAGGAAUUCAAAGUCUUUCGAGGAAACACAAGCGAACCUGCCGCCGAGCGAGCAACAGGUCCAGGAACCAAAGAAAUACAUGGGCAGCGCGAUUCCCUCGAGGUCCUUCAGGAUACUGCAAGCGAUGACAGCGCCUGAAAGCGUCGCCACGCAAGAAAAUCGUCAAGCAGAUUACACCUGCCAAACCGAGAAUAACGUUCCGGGCAAUCAGCAGGGUGUCUUCCAUCCCCCCUGUCCGCCUCCAUUCUGGAGUCCCGAGGGUGGUUGGUGGGGCUACUAUCCCCUCCCUUAUCCCGGCGUCGCGAGCGACGCCUACUCCUACCAUCCUGACAACACCGCCUACAUAUACUUUCCAAUUUACAAUCAAAAUUACCCAGGUUCCCCACGGUACGAUCCAACGAGUGUAGACAAAAAUGCUUGUCCGUAUCCACCGCCGUACGUGAUCCCCGUUCCUCCGCAAGCUGGUAAUCGCGGUCACAGCUGGGGACAAACGGGCGGUAGCUUCGCGACAGCCAACCCCGAAUCACCGUCGAGUAACCAGGAUAACAAGAGCAACGAGGCUAACAUCUCGAACGGUAUCGAUCAGAACGGUCUCGCCCAAUGGGACAGAGAGAAUAACAGCGUGUCCAGGACCGCGAGCAGCAACAGCAAAGACAGCGACUGCACCACCGCCAUGAACAUAACGGACGAAGAAGAGAUUCCAGAGGUGAUCGUGACCUCAGAGAUCGUGGAGAAUGUUUCUGACCAGUUGGUGGGCACGAAGUGCGCAAACGAUAGCUUGAACGUCGCAGUUCCCAACUAUACUUACAUAGACACCAGCGACUCGAACGAUUCAACCGAUUCAGAGUCGGAAACCGACGACAACGAGUCCGUCAUCGAGUCGUCGAAGAGCUGCUGUGAUGAUAAUUCAGACGACACGUCCUCGGACAGCGAGGAUUCUGACUCCUAUCUGGCCUACUCGACUGGCUUGAAUCCUCAUGGGAAGUUCGAGAAGGAUAACGACAGGAAUAGCCAGAGGAAAGUGUCCUCGGUUUCGUCGUCGGAGAAGAAGCCUGAGAUAAAUGGUGAACAGCAUAUCGAAUGCGAUAAAUUGGACCCCACGUUCCCCCAUCAGUUAAGCGUCAUCUAUGAGGAUAUAGAGCAAAACGACUCGGAGAAUCCAAGACCGCGAGAACCGAAGAACGUGUGCGAUUGGAACGAAACGCCUUUCGAGGCAACGGACGAUCCUCCUGAUGAAACGGACAACACUACUGUCAGCGUCAGUUUACCGCUGAGAAUCAAGUUCUCCGUGUCGGAGAACAACGAGGAUGUGACCACGGUGAUCGUUGGCGACAGCACCAUCAAACCAGAAAGGGUAUAUAGCAAGGAUGACGGGAGAGGCCAGAAGAGCCAAGAGAACAGGAGCCAAGAGAAGCCGAAUGACGUUUCGGUGAACUUUCUGGUGAACAAUGACACCAGCGUGGACUUCACCUUCAAGAAAGAAACGUCCGAGAACAAAAGUAGAACAAACGGUCACGUGGCUGAGAGGACGAAAGAGGAGACCGUGGAAAGCAAGAUGGACAGGAUCGAGGAUCCAGUGGUACCACACGUGAACUUCACGUUAAGGAAGAUCCCAACCAGGAUGAACAGAAUGAACUGCGAGGAGAGCAUCGAAACGGAAUUCACGAUCAAAAGGAAGCCACCGAGAAAGGAGGAAUGUAGAUUAGAUAAGCAGCAAGAGGACUGUUCGAUGAGCACCAGCACAGUAACGUCGAACGAGGACAGUUCGACCAUCAGCAGAGAAACAGUGAUCACAGAAAGAGAAACGAACUCGAAGAUCAUAGAAGCUACCCCAGACAUAUGCGACAUCAACAAGAACAUCCUGAAGCCGGAAGUCGUAGUGUCCGAGUGCAACUGGAACGAGGACAUGAAACACCCUGACAAUUACCAGAUCACACCUAUGAAAAUAGAUCAAACAGAGACGUUGCAGGUGAGCAAUGACCCUCCACGAAAGAUCGAAGAGGAGGAUAAAUCUACGAAGGAACCGAAGCACCUUCUAAGCGUGCAGAACUCCCGCGAGGAGACCGACGACGAGGACAGCGGCGUCACAUCCGACAUGAGUCGAAUGAUAUCCGAGGUGGACACAGACUCCGAGUGCACCUCCUCGAAGAACAUCAGAAAGUAUCAGCGAACCCAGACGCAUUCGCGAUUGUUCAAGCUGCUGAACGACGACUCGAUCUUGCCGGAGGCCACGGAGAAAACGGAGUCGCCAGCCAGGAGGGAAUACCUGAGUCUGCCAUUGAAGAACAACACGUUCAACUACGACGAAAGCUACUGUUCGAACUACUCGAGCGGCCUGACCUCGCCUGAGUAUUCGCCAGUCUGCGAGCAAUCCUGGCGCAGGUUACACGACUCGGAGAACGGAAGCACGAACCAAAGGGUGCCGGAUCAGAACGGUGGCGAGUACCAGGCUGGUGGUAAUCCUCUGACCCGACAGGAUCGAGUCCCUAGCAAAGAGGAUCCGUAUUAUCAGGCCUGGAAGACCAGCAAGUCCCCAGCGCCUCUGGAUCACGACGUGGUCCCGUCGUUGGCCUUCAAGACCCUCGAAAGCAAAAGACCCCCGUGGGCCUACAAGGUGAACGUUCUUUGUCCUAGGAUCAAGAGCACCAAAAACGUACCCCAUACGCUGCAAACAAGCAAGAUCAUCGAAUCCUCCGUGUCCCCUAAUCCAAUGUCCUACGCGAACCACCUGAGUACCGACCAUUGCUGAUGGCCCGGGGCAGAAUGAGGCCGUGUUUGGCCGCGAGCAACCGGUCCACGGAACGAGCCUCGCGCAACUAUUUUCUCUAGCAUUCGCAAGACUGGGCUGACUAUGGCCCGGGGGGGCUACAGGCU